AUGCUACGAAAGACACAGACGGGAACGUGGUUGCCCGCGUGGGUGCCAGAGUCCACCUUGGUCUUGUCCCUCCUCCUCAUUCUAUGCUCAUUUGUACAGUCGUGUACGGUGGGCUACGAUACUGCCUUGCUCAACGCUUUCAACAUCCUCCCUGCAUACAGAGACUACUUUCAACUGAAUGCGGCGACGACUGGCCUCAAUACCGCGUCAAUCUUCAUUGGCGGCAUUUUAGGACCCAUGUUCGCGGGCGUGGCAGCGGAUAGGCUUGGAAGGAGACCGGCAAUGUUUUGGAGCAGCCUUGUCGCCAUAGUCGGUGUUUUACUACAAACGGCCGCCCAGAACAUCGCCAUGUUCAUCGUCGGUCGCAUCAUUAUUGGGCUCGGGGCUUCCGCUUCUGGUAUUGCCGGGGGCGUCUACCUCUCCGAAACCUUUCACAGCCGGUUCCGAGCAUGGGGCGUGGGGUCCCUCAAUGACUUUUACUGGAUCGGCGCGAUCCUGGCGGCCGGCAUCACGCUCGGAACUGGCUCUUGGACCACUUCCUGGGCGUGGAGAGCGCCGUCGCUUUUCCAAGGAAUCUUCUCUCUGCUCUGCAUCGCCAUCUUGCCCUUCGUCCCGGAAAGUCCCCGUUGGCUCCAAUACCAGGGCCACUCCGACGAGGCCCGCCUCGCCGUCGCGCAAACCAACGCUGACGGCGAUGUAUCCGAUCCGGAUGUGGUCGUGAUUUACAACGAGAUUGUGGAUUCCUUGACCUCGGAGAAAGAGCACGACAGCUCCAUCGCGGAUAUCGUCAAGAACCCGGUUGUGCGGAGAAGGUUUCUGAUCGGAGCCUCAGUCGGACCAAUGUCGACUGUGGUAGGGAAUCUCAUCGCUCUGUUCUACCUGGGGCCGGAGCUCAGCAGUGCUGGGGUGACCGACAGCCGCACUCAGCUGCACGUCAACGUUGUGCUGAACGUUUGGUGUCUGGUUUGUUGCCUGUUGGGCACAUUCCUAGUAACUGCGUGGGGCCGGCGUCCGACGGCUAUUGCUGGCCAGAGCCUACUUACUGCCUGCCUUUUCGUUAUCGGAGGGUUAUCAAAGGUAUAUUCUGAUAAUGGCCCAGAGAGGACGCCAACCAGCCUUGUUUAUGGCAACGUGGCAGUGAUCUUUCUUUUUCAGGGCUUUUAUUCACUGGCCUGGACACCCAUCACCUACCUCUAUCCGACGGAGGUCAUGAAUUACAGUAUACGGGCAAAGGGCCUAGCUUUCUCUUCACUGAUGCUGAGCAGCCUUACGCUCUUGUUGGUGUUUAUUAUGCCAAUCGCUUUAGAGAAUAUUGGUUGGAAGAUGUACAUUGUGAACGGAAGCUGGGAUGUCAUCAUACUUCUCAUUGUGGUAAUCUUCUGGGUUGAGACGAAAGGGAAAACGCUGGAAGAAGUCGACGCCAUAUUCUACAGAAGAAAAUAA